UUGAGGAAAUUAAGUUCUAAAUUUCUUAAAUAUUCAUCAUUUAACACCACAAAAUCUUGAAGAAUUAAUACUGUUUGGAAACGGUAUAUAUCUAAGAUUGACUAAUAUUCCCUUACCAAAACUGUUCAAAAGACCUCUAUUAUUUAUAAGUAGAUCAUCGUCGAGGAAGUCACUUGAAUCGAUUAAAACAAAAAAGAGAGUGAUCAUAUAUCAUGUCUCCAAUGGCUGCCAUCAUCACCAAAAAUUCAUUCCUAGUUCUGAUCUCUCUGAGUCUGAUCAUUGGCCUAGUCCAUUGCCAAUGCUCUCUGGAAAAAAUUGGGAUUACCCAAACUGAUACCGGAGCUACAAUUCAUAAUAAACCGGAGUGGAAGGUGACAAUUCACAAUGUCUGCCCUUGUUCUGUAUUGCACCUGAAAUUAGCUUGCAGUGGUUUUCAAACAGUGGAAGAUAUUGACCCUUCAGUCUUGAGCAUAUCCAAUGGCGAGUGUCUUGUCAACAAUGGUCAACCCAUCUAUCCUUCUACUACAUUCAGCUUCACCUAUGCUUGGGAUACUUCGUUUCCUUUCACACCAUUGUACUCUGAUGUUGCUUGUUCUUAAGGAGUAUCAAAAGGCCAAAAGAAAGAUGACACGUAAAUAAGUUCUACAGUAUUUAUUCAUGUUCAAUUUUACGUGUUUAUCUCUUUUCUACAAAAUUCAAUAAAAAGUCAAUUCGAAUUCCUAAUGUUUUUUUAGAUAAUUUGAGUUUGUUAUUGGGUUACUGUUAUCUUGGAGAGGACCAUUUGUUGAUUGUCAUUUUUUUUUCCCUUCGCAAAUUUAUGUUUGUCUUGCCCUAAAUAAAAAGAGCUUGAAUAAAGUUGCAAAAAAGUGCGAUAUAUA